GUGAGUGUGAGUGGGAGGUGAGUGAGGGUGAGGGAUGGCCGCAGCCACCUCUGUGAAGCCGCAGGAAAACAUCAGCGGAGCAGAACCCGCGACCCCCAGGAUGUCAGUGAACAGGCUGAAGUACGUGUGCCUGGCGGUGUUGGUGGUACAGAACGCCUCGGUCAUCCUGUGUAUCCGUUACGUCAGGACCGUCCCCGGUGAAAGGUUCUUCACCAGUUCUGCCGUGGUGGCCGUGGAGGUGACCAAACUAAUCACCUGCCUGGUCCUGUUGCUGGGCCAGCAGCGAGGCAACGUGAAGCAGCUGGGGCUGCUGUUGUACGACGGCCUGUUCUGCCAGUACACGGACACGCUGAAGAUGGCCGUCCCGUCCCUCAUCUACACGCUGCAGAACAACCUACAGUACGUGGCCAUCUCCAACCUGCCAGCGGCAACAUUCCAGGUUCUCUACCAGUUCAAGAUUUUGACCACAGCCCUGUUCUCGGUGGUAUUGCUGGGUCGAUCUCUGGGCCGGCUACAGUGGGUGUCCCUGCUGGUCUUGUUUUUGGGCAUCGGUCUGGUGCAGGUGACCCAGGAGGGCAGUGGUGGCCGGGACGUGGUGGAGGGUCAGAGCUACUUGACCGGUCUGGUGGCCGUCUUCGUGUCGUGCGUCUCGUCUGGCUUUGCGGGCGUCUACUUUGAGCGGAUGCUGAAGGGCUCGUCGGCAUCGGUCUGGCUGCGUAACGUCCAGCUGGGAUUGUUCGGGACGUUGUUGGGUCUGGUGGCCAUGUGGAGCAAGGAAGGGACGGCCAUUGUCCAGAAAGGCUUCUUCCACGCCUACACACCCAUGGUGUGGGUGGUGGUCUUCAACCAGGCCCUGGGCGGCCUGCUGGUGGCCCUGGUGGUCAAGUACGCUGACAAUAUCCUCAAGGCUUUCGCCACCUCCAUCUCCAUCGUUCUGUCCACCGUGGCCUCUGUCCAGCUCUUCGGAUUCGCCAUCGACCUGCCCUUCGCAGCUGGGGCCGCGCUGGUCAUCCUGGCCGUCUACAUGUACAGCCUGCCCAAGGCCCCAACUCCCAGCCCCAGGCUUGGGCCUAGCGAACAGGCCCCAGGCCCACACAACAAAGUUGUCUCCAAGGAGAAGGGUUCGUGAGGAGGCGCAGAGAUUCUACACCUGUGACCAGCGCAGUUGUGGAGUGGGAGGGGG